CACCACUCACCACCCUCGUUAGCUCGUGCGUUCGGCCCCCCAGCGCUGCGGCUGCGACUCUGAUUGUGGCGGCGCGUGUGCUACUAUUCUGCUGUGACAGUUGUUGUCGUGCGCUCAGUCUUCGUUGGGCGGUCUGUGUGUUAGCAACGUGUUGCUCCUCUCGUUUUUAACGUUUGACGAUUUUCUAUAUUGUUCACCCAGUAAUUGUGUGAUGCGCUGAACGUAUGCGAACGCAUUUAUGUAAAAUUCACAAUUCUAAUAAAGGAAAAGCAUUUAAUAUAAACUGAAAGGCAAAACAAAACCUUCACUAAACAAAUUCCUGCCGGAAAUAAAAAUUAUCUUACAAAAUUUGUAUGUGCAUAAAUUAAUUUAAAAUGUGUAAAAAUGACAAAAGCGUAGUGUUGAAGUGAUACAAGAGCCGAUAUAUUGAUACACAUCUGUGAAAUACACACGCGUACAAAAACACACACAUACAAAAACGAACGCGUAUAAAACUCAAUUAUAAUUUGUAGCGUGUCUGUAAUGUCGAUUGACAGCUGUUACUGUAAAUUACAUUAACUGUUUACAAAGAGGAAAUAUAAAUAAAUAAAAGUAAAAUUACAAGCGCAACAAACAACAAAAACAAACAAGUGCUAAAUGUAAAUGAAAUAACAGCAAAUAAAUUUAUCUGUAUUUAUCUGCAACACGCCCACAGUUGGAAAGCAGGCACCUUCAACAGCCGAAUAAGCAACAAGUACGGAUUAACAACUAGAGCUUAAACGAUUUUGUGCAAUUGUUGAACGUAUUUAUACUACAACAGACGAAUAAGAAAGAAUAAAGAGAAGAAGAUACAAUUAAUAAUUUGAACAACCAACCCACCUAACUUCCCACAAAAGCAUAACUUAAGCUAAACCUUAUACCAAACAAAAGCUCUCCACACUUUCGACAAAAAAUCUACACAUUCUUAUAACAAAAACACUACCAAACCCCACAACACCACCAAAAUGUGGCCGUCUAACUGUCAGCGGCUCAUACUGCUCGCCAUCACGCUCGUCUGCUUUGCCUGCCUCAUUGCGCCCGCAGCGUCCCGUUCGCGCGACAAAGAAGGACGUCGUCGCAGCGAUCGCCUCUCAGCCGCCUCUUCCACCUCCGCCUCGUCCACCUACUACGCUAGCAGCGGCAGCGUGAACAACAAUUACGCGAGUAUAUCUUCCUCGGCCACCAGCUCGUAUACGGGUCCCAUGGAUACGACUGGCUUUUGUGUGCGUCGUCGCGAUAUGAAGCUCAUGUGCUACUGCACACCGGACGAGAAUCACGUGCCGGUGUUGAAGGCGGAGUGCUGGGUAUUCUCCGAUAUCUUGCCACAGAACGAUACAACCUGGACGCGUUUCUUUCAGCAAAAGCGUUUGCGUGAAUUGAAAUUUGUCAUACAAAAUCAUGGUCGCCUGGACUAUAUACCAACGCUAGUGUUUGAAUCGUUAAAGAAUUUGACCAGCAUUAUUAUUGAAUACUCACAAGUGGAUGUGGUGAAGAGUAAUGCUUUUGCUAAUCUACCAUAUUUGGAGCGUAUUAUCUUGACCAAUAAUCACAUAGCGGCCUUGGCUCAGGACGCAUUCGCUAAUCACAUACGCUUACGUGAGUUGAAUUUGGAGCAUAAUCAGAUAUUUGAGAUCGAUCGCCACGCUUUUCAUAAUCUACCACAAUGCGAGAAACUUCUCUUAAACAACAACAAUAUAACAAAUUUGCAUGACAGCCUCUUUGUGGAGAUGCCACAUUUGGUAUAUUUGAAUUUGGCGCAUAAUCAGAUAUCGGUGUUGACCAGCGACAUCUUCAAAGGUCUGGGUAAUUUGAAUGUACUCAAACUGUCGAAUAAUAAUAUUAAUUUCAUCGGCGAUACUGUGUUUGCUGAGUUGUGGAUCUUGUCGGAAUUGGAGUUGGACGACAACAAGAUUGAGCGCAUUUCAGAACGUGCUCUCGAUGGCUUGAAUACGCUAAAAACGCUGAAUCUUCGCAAUAACAAGCUAAAGAAACUCGAUAACGGACUACUGCGUGGCACACCCGCGCUCCUCAACAUCAAUGUGCAAAGCAACGAGUUGGAGACUUUGACAUUUUAUACAUUCCAGCCAAUUAUGGAUAAUUUGGUCAACAGUACAAGUGAACUGCUGCUGUCAGAUAAUAACUUCGUUUGCGAUUGUCGUCUUCAAUGGCUGUUUGAGCUGAAAAAUCGUACACGCUAUACUGCACUGCGUGAGGCGCUCGAGACUUUCGUCUGCACACUGCAUGAUCCGAAAAUUUCCAACUUUGUUGAGCCCGUACCAAAUCAUAUUUUAGAUCUACUCAACAUUGGCAGCAGCUACAAUGGCGGCAACAGCGCCGAACUACAUCUCGGUGGCAACAAUAGCGGACGCAAACGAUUCUCCAAGUCACGUCAAAAUGGUGGCACACAGCGCGGUGUCGGCGGUAACGGACAGCGUCUGGGACAAAUGCAAUUAACCGCCGAUAAGAAUGUCGAUGUGAUCGAUGCUGCUGCCGUUGCGCUAACACCCGAACACAGUGAACACGUAUUGUCGCUAAGCAAGCGUUCGUUAGCCGAUGGCAAUGUGCUCACAGUUGUCGCCAGCAGUCAGCCGGAAGUAUACAAUGAUGCGCUCUUGGCAGCUUCAGGUAUGCCAGACGUUGCCACCGUCAAUAUAAUUGGUGAGAAGAAAAAGAAAUCCGUAUUGCCCGCCAAAAUAAGAGGUGACUACUACGACGAAGCUGCCGGUUUAGGCGGUGGCGCUGCUGCGCCGCAUGGCCUGCUGUUAGCACAACAAAUCGAACUGGGCGAAGGCUUGGACGCGCUCAAACAGAAUGCUUUGUACAAUCAGCAAACCAAUGAUGUGAUUGGCCUGACCAAUACAAUCAACGAACAUGGCGGUAGCAAGCCACAGCCGCUAGGCAUCAAGGUGUGUCUGUUCUUAUUGAAACUCGAACGUCUGCCGUGUCACGACGAGCUUAGCGAUCCGACAGAGUUGCCAUUGUCGCGCGAUCUCAUGGAUGUGCGCAGCAAUCAGGCGCAGAGCAACAUGUCGUCGGCCGGUAGCGCACUUUCAAUGGCAACGACGACCUUGGUGGGCGUGGCGGCGAUAAUGUUACGCUUCAGCAGCAGACGGCGUAUCGGUUAAACACCAAGGACGGCGCGCGGGUGUAAUAGGUAACAUUUAUUCUAUUUAAAUGUGUAUCUGCGUUUAAGAAUAUUGUGGAAAUAUUUGUGUGUAGACAAUUGCCAAUAUGGAAUAUACAGUGGUAAUUUGUAACAAUAAAUUAUAAAAAAAAAAAUUAUUUUACAUUUUUCCUUUAACUAUUUUGAAGUGAAUUGAAAAUUUCGAAUUAGAAUUUUAUGCAACGAUUUUUCGGUGUUUUUGUAUUUGCAAAUAAUUUCUAACAGUACACACACACAUACCUAGAUACACAUGUUAGCGUAUUUAAUGUGAAACGAUCUCUUGCGUGAGCCAAUGCAGUUGAACGCAGAUUUUAGCAAACACUGUACAUAUUAAAAAACACCUGGAAGCGAAAUCUUAAAGAAGUAAAGAAAUAACAACAACAUUUUAAUGCCUACAUGAACAGCUUCUGUCGGCCAGCUUAAAUGAACUAGUAUAAAACUGGGCAGACAUAAUUUGUAGUUAGCUUAUGAUUGUAUAUAACAAUAAAACUAAAUAAAAUAAAGCAAAAAAGUAAUAAUACACAAUGAAUUAAAAAAAACGAAGCUGUAAUGUUCAUUACACAAAAAAAAAUAUUAUUAAGCAUUUAAUGCUUAAUAAGUUUAAACACAAAAAACAUAAGAAAACUUGAAGACGUGCUUCAAUUAACUGUAUGCUUACUUUCUUUUUGGUAUAAAAACCUUACAAAAGCACACACAGAAAAAUUAAAAUUUAAUUAUACCUUACAUUAAAAAUAAAUAUAGGGUAUAGUUUUAAGAGCAAAUGGUAAAGCACUUAGUUUUAAGCAACUCAAAAUAAAUUAUUUUUGCCUGUCGGGCAGCGAAAAAAUUAAAAAUAUAAAAUAGGAAUUAGCGCCUAAUGAGAGAAUAAAAAACUUAAAUUAGAUACAUAUAUAUGUAUAUUGCUAUAUAAAUGGUAAAAACUAAUUGGUUAAGUGUAAAAAUAAUUCAUGCAUUAAAAUGAACAAAAUACGCCGCUUCACGUAAUUUUUCUAUUUUACAGCAAAAAUUUUUUAAUUCGCUAAGUUACAUAUCUAUUUUUAUUCAGUUUUUUUUGUCAACAAUCUAUCUCUUUAGUCUUGUGUAUAUUUCCAUGUGUUGGUCAUACAAUUAAACACAUGUAUUAGUUUUAUAUUAAACGAUCUAUUCUGUGCAACCGUGUCGGUCUGGUACUGGGGACACAAAAUUAGCUUGCGAGGCGAUGCCACUACACUGAGCUUAAGUAACUCUCAUUUUAUCUAGCGAAAUAAUUUACUCUAUACUCUAAUUUGAUUUUAGAUUUUGUAUUUUGUUUUCUUUUUCUGAAAUAUUUGACUGUACUUUACUUAUGCCCAAAAAUUAACUUAAUUUUACUAAUUAAUUUUAAGUAUAUAACAUAGCUAUAGAACAACGACUUGUGCUUGCUUUAUUUCUUUAAUAAAAAAUUACCAAAAUUUUAAAUAACGAGACUAUUUAUUCCAAAUUUUUCAGGAUAUAUGAAAAUAUUUUGGCUUUAGGUUAAUCUGAUUUAAUUAGAAUUACCUUCAACAGUAAAGAAAAAUUAAAGAAUUAAACAUUUUAAGAAAAGAAAUUGUUUCCUUUUUUUUAAUUAACCUAAAAAAAAGUUUUUAUUGUUAAAAAUUAUUAAUAUUAGAAAAUAAUUUAUAGUCAAUUUCUUAUAAGUGAUAUAGGCUGAAAGCGGAAGCCUUUGUUAACGCAUUUAUUUAAACAUUGCGCCAAAAAGUAUGCAAAAUUUUUUUAAUUUAUUUUGCCUUUGGAUUUUAAAGGGACAUAUUUUUGGUUAAAAUAAUUUUGAUGGGUGCGAUCGUGCAGAUUUAUAUUAAAACGUGUAUAUGUUUUUUGUCAUUCCAAGUCAAAUUCGUUCAGAUGAUAAUUAUAUGGAUAAGUCCGCUCCACUCUUUCCCCAUCUGGCGGAAAUCUUAUUCACAGCCAUAUCUAAGAAAUGUACUUAAACUUGUCACAGAGUUCUUAAAAAAUUGGAUAUAUAAAAAUACGACUCUGCUAAUUUGGUCUUGAAGUGUAAACAAUAGACCAACAAAGCCAUAAAAUUGGCAAUAUUUUUCGCUUUACCGUUACGCAUUCAAAAUUUGUAAAUUUCCUAUAGGAGAAAUAGGUUGUAAGUGGAAGCGUUUGUUGGCAUAUUAAUUUUAGCUUUGCGCCGAAAUAUAGGCAAUAUUUUAUAAUUUUUGCUUUUAUUUCGAUUCUUUAUUUUGAUUUUGAAUAUAAUAUCUCAGACUUUAAUAGUAAGAACUUUAUUUGAAUAAAAUGAUUUCGAUGAGUUUAACCCAUCAACUCUGAAAUAUGGAAAUUACUUAUAUCACAAAUCAUUGCAAUCUUCAAAUUUAGCAGAAAAGGGAAGCAAUAUCGCCAACAAAGAAAAAACUUCUACAGAUUUCAUUAGCGUUGGAACAUAAUUUAAUUGCAAACCUCGAUCGCAUAAUUUGGAGAACUAUAUAUGUUUUGUAUGUGUUUCUUUAUAAAGAAUGUUUUGAUUUGUCUAUCAAUAUCUUGUCGACAAAUAGUCAUUAUGUUUUCCGGGCAUAGCAUGAUACUCGUUGAUCUAGACCUAAUAACAAAACAGAUAUGAGCAAGAAAGAUAAAGGGUUAAACUACAAGUAAAGCUAUUGGACAAUUGCAAUAUUUGGAAUGGUUUUACAGAAGUUUAGAAAACUUCCAGUUGACUGCAACUUUUGCCAUUAUAAAUACUAUUUAUUUGUCGUAUUUCAAUAAUAAAUAUAUGUUGACAGUGGAAAACUUUUUCAAUUCAGAAUUAUAAUUUUAUUAAUUUAAAUAACUUUUCAAAAGAGUUUCAAACUUUUCCGAGCUAUCAAGUUCAACUUAAGCGCUUACAGAUAAUUAAAAAAUUUAAUUGAAAUAUGUAUUAAUAAUUUAUAUAUUUACGGAUUUUAUUUCACAAAAGUAAAAAUUAUAAAAAAAGGUUUUUGAUUUCAUUGACGUUUUUAAUGCGCUUCAUGAAAUACUGUUGUAAAUAAAUAUAAAGUAUUGCUUUCGUAAAAACACACAAACAUUUUUUAAUAAAAUAUUCAAAUUCUGUUAAAAAUAACUAUACUUGUAUAUGUAUGUAUGUAAAUAUGCAUUUCAUUCAGCUCGGUCAAGCGAAUUGAAUUUCACCGCCAGAAUUGAAGAAACUUAAACAAGUACGCGUAUAAGUUGUAAGUGCGAAAAAACACUUAAUUGAAAUAUUUAUAUAAACACAAUAAUUGCUAAAACUCUUAAAAAUACAUUUGCAGACAUGUCACACACACACGCACAAAAAUGUGUGAAUUUACAAAGCAAAAAACCUCCGAUGUACUGGUGUUUCAUUUUCAACUACAAAAAUCAACAAAGUGAAUGAACAUAUUAAAACUAAAUAAAUAAUAAAUGAAAGCAAAAACGGCUGAAGUCAUAAAAAGCGAAGCUGAAAAUAAAUAAAGAGUAUAUUAAGCACUAAAAUGGAAAAUAGCUAAACGGAAAUAAGUGUAAAUGUUUUUAUAUUGCUGCUGCUAAAAAAAUGUGGCAACCUCCAGAUGCGUCGUAGUUGUUGCAGAAUUUAUGAUAACACAAAUAUAUACAAAAAAACAGUGAAAGGGUUUUUGCAAGCAUUCCUUUUUCUAUUCUUGUGACUGGAAUUUAUAUAAAUUUUUUUUUUUUUUAAUUUUAUAUGUUUUGAUUUGUUUUCCAAUUGAUUAACAAUUUACUGAACUAUACAUUUUUCCUUUAGAUGAUUAUUAUUUUUAAGAUUCCUAGUUCAUACAUAUUUAAAUAUUUCAUAAUUUUAUUAUAAUUAGAAAAAAUAUCUAGUUAUUUACUACUAAAUUUCUGUUAGGUCUGCUUCCAAAGUUGCCCCUAGAUCUGGUUGCGAAUAAAUAGAUCGAUUUCGGUUAGUUUGGCAAGACCACAUAUUAUAGCCUUGUUAUAGUCUGCUUGCACCAAAAACCAAAUAUCUUAGAUUUGCGACUUCAUAAGCUGAAAAUGCUUUCGAUGAUUUAUCAGAAUAUUACCCUGUAAACCAAAAUAAUUAUUCGGUGAUCUUUACAUUGUUUCGGAUUUUUUGCAGUGUCAAUAAUCAAGAAAGUAUGGGUAGUCCUUAAAUGACUUUUAGGAAUUUUUUCAAUUAAGACUUCCCAAAGUUUCUUUAAGGUAAAGAUUAGAGUAAAAAAAGUUUAAAAUUUUGGUAAUUCAGCUUUAGUAAUAGGUUCUAUAAUUUACUUAAAACUAUGAUUUAGUGACUAGAAAUCGCUCAUCAUUACCACCAAAUGUUAUUUCAAAUUGGUAUAACAAACUCCAUUGUCUAGCCUUUACAGAACUGAUAUUGAAACAUCUCGGUAGUCCUACCAUCGGCGAAGUAAUUAGCCAUCUCAAGAAAUUUGUGAUAGGUUCAAAGCGUUUUGUCGAUUUGUGAGGGUGUUGUGAUCUAUUAUGAAGGAGUAUUAAGUAUCACAACGGAGGUCAACCAAAAGUAAGAUCUCUAUUAGGAUCGACAUCAUAAUCUAACCUAACCUGGUACAACAAGCCAUCGACUAUUUCCGAUCUCCGAGAUCAUUUUUAAAUUUUGAAGAAAAAAUAUAUUUUUAUUAUUAUUAUCUAUCAAGCUUUUUGACUUCUUCUAUGUUAUUUAAUUUUAUUUUUUUUAUUAAAAAAAUAUCUUCUCAAACAUUCCUAAUUUAACCAAAACCUCUAUGCCUUGACUUUAUCAACUACCAUAGAUGCUUAAGAGACAGCUACACAAACGACGCGCUUGUAAUAUAUACAUACAUACAUGAUAUUUGUAAGUAACAUAUUAUAUAUUAAGUAUAUGUAAAUUGCCAUGAAUAUUGUAAACUCUAUAGUGCAGUUAGAGACUCGUAGGGUUAGUGGUAGUUCACUAGGGAAACUGAAACAGGCAAAAAUACACUGUAAGCAUUCGAUUAUCGUCAAAAUAGUGAGCGAAAUUGAAAAAAUGCUUCGAAAUAUAAUAUAAAAAAUUGUAAAAAAGUUGCUGCUUAAAAUUUUUAAGAAUAAAAAUAUUAUUAAUAGCAAUAUAUACUAAUUUUUUUUAAUUCUUUUACAAUAAAAAUUAAUUUUAUCAAACUUAAAUUAUUUGUAUUUUUUUAUAAUUUAUUAAUUUAUAAUAGCUAAUAUAUAUUUAUAUUUUUUGUAUUUUUAUUUUUGCAAUUUGGAAUAGAUGCUAAGCAAAUGUGUGCGCAAAUAAGAACACAAACUGCUCGCUCUUCAUUUUUACCAUUUUUGUAUUUAUUGCACUGAAUUAUUUAUACAAUUAUAAAUUUAUAAAAUUUAUGUUCAUCAAAAUAUUUUCGUUUCAAUUAAAUUAUUAGUUUGCUAAAUUGCGAAACAUUUUUGGUAGCCUAAGACUGAUAAUGCGAUAAUGUAUAAAGGAAUAAAGAACAAAAACAAAAAAAAUCUUUAAUAAUAAUAUUAGGUGUAUGAAAUAGUAAUGAUUAGUAAUGGGGAAAGCCAAAGCCAUUAAAGCAGAAAAUAUGCAAAAAUAUCUACGAAUUUGCAUAUUCGAAUAUAGUCACAAAUGCAUAGAAACGUGCAUGUGUGUGUGCGCAAGUGUAACAAAAUUAUAUGUGUAAGUGUAAAAAGAACUAUCAAGUGUCAAUAUAAAAAUCUCAUAUUUUUAAGUCAGAAUAAUAGAAAUGCGAAGAAUAACACUUGUAUAAACGGCAAUGUAUGAGAAAUCAAUGAGAAGCUAUAAGCAGCAGCUAUAAACAUACAUACAUGUAUGUGCAUAUGUAUAUAAGAGCACUCAGUUAUAGAUACCUAAAAUGCAUUUUAAAGAAAACCUAAUUGGAAAGUUAAAAAAAAAAAUUGGCAGAAGCAAUACAGCUCGCAUUAACUAUAAGGCGCUUUCCAUAAAUUAUAAUAUUUGUGAAUAAGCAUUGACAGUAAACUUUUUUUAGGUCUUCAGUUACUUGCUGUUUCACACUACUGUAUAAAUGUUUCAAUCAGAAUCAGCAUAAAAGCAAGAAAAAAACAUAAAUUGCCGAAUUGAAAAUAUUCAUAUUUUUAAUCAGUUUCUCUGCUAAAAUUAUUUUAUUUUCAUAAUUCAUAUUCAAAAACAUAAUAUACUCUUCAAUAGGACUAAAACAAUAUACAAUUAGAAAAAAUUAAAGUUUGCUGGGCUAGCAAAUAGUACUAAUUUUAGCUGACAAUCAAGGAGCUGAAGCCACAGGAAAUGUGCUGUCUCAUACACUACAUCGCAUAAAUAUUCGUACCACAAACCAACAUUUGCUAUAUAAUACACUAUCGCAAAAUACUUUAUUCUAUAUUACAGUUAAAACAUUUUUCAUGUGUACUUCAACUAAUAAUACUGAAUUCUCCGCACGGCAAUGAAUAAAUCUGAAAAAAAACCAACUGCCUUGGAUAUGAGAAAUUUUUAUUAAAUUCGAACCAAAACAAAUACGUCCUAUAAACAAAUUUUGAGAUAACUGAGUUGAAACUUGAGUUUAAAUAUCAGACCUAUAAUUUCUUCCUAUUAUUCUUAGUAUUUACUGGCUUCUACAAUAUUCCUUAAGGGGUUUGAGUCUUGUGAAUACUAAUUUAUGGUACUUAUUGUAUUCGGGUACUGUCGAUCGUUUUAAUAACCGAGUUCCGAAAUCAUCUGUUCCCGAUAUUUAUAAUUUUAUAUGUCUACACUUCAUACUAGAAAUUUGUUCAACACAAAACUAACUCUAGUGCAAUCAUACAUACAUAUAAUUCAUAGUCAUCACCCACACGGUUCAGUUGUUAGUUUCAAAGUAUUCAAAUUGUAUUUCUGCCUAAUGAAUAUUUAACUCAAUUGAGCGGAAUCCUGUGUAGUGUAGUGCAUAUUUUUAAAUAAAAUGCAAAUUUAUGCACUUUUCUUUGCAAUUCUACAAGUGCAUUUAUAGAGUCAUACAUAUACUAUAUAUACUAUAUUUGUAUUCCGCAAACCCAUUAGCUUUAUGUUACAAAACAACAUUUAAUUUAAUUUUGGCUUACGAAAAUAACUUUCCAGAAAUUGAAUUCACAGCCAAUUUGUAAACCAAUAAUUGAUUGAUGGCAUCAAUAAAAUAGUAAUUUACGCCAAAUAAAUAAAAUGAACUGCCAGCAAAGCAUACACCCACACACACACACAUACAAGCGGCAUAAUAGCAUUUUAGAGCGAGUGAAAUGCAGUAGAAUCAAUAGUUGAAACGGUGCAUAAAAGCAUAUUUCCAAGAUAAAAUUAGCAGUGGCUGGACGAAAAUGAGUUGUGGCCGUAGCAAAAUCCACACACACACACGCAUACAUACAUAUAUACAGACGUCAAUGCUGUUAUUGUAAAUUGGUGGGUAAUAAGUAAAAAGUCAACAAAUUGAGCGCCAGAGGACUUGAUGAACUAAUUUAUUAAAAAGCACAAAUAUUUAUUGAAAGUAUUUGCGAAAGUUAGAAAUAAUUGCGAAAAUAUGAAAUGUUCAAUACAUGAAACGAUUGAGGCAUAAAAUAAAAUAUUUAUAAAUUUUAAAAAGGUAAGUAAAUUUAGAGUAAUAAAAGUAUAUACACAAUACAUAUGCAAGUGUAUAAGUAUAUGUAAGUAUGUGUUAAGUCUAAGCGAGCAUAAAUUUAGAUAUGUAUAAAUAUAGGUAUUGGACAUAUUUAAAUACAUAUAUGUAUGUAUGAUAAAUAUAGUGAAGCCAAAUAAAAGCAAAAGGCAAACUGAACAAAAAAAAAAUUUAAGAAAAAAAUAAUUAAGAAAAAACAAAAAAAAAAUCAAUUAAAUUUAAACUGAUUAAGAAUGAAAUAAAAUUAAUGUUAAAUAUAUCUAUACAUAUAUAUUUAUAUAUAUAUAAACAUAUACAUAGAUAUAUAGAUUUACAGCUCACAUAGCAACUAACUCUAAGUGCGCAUACUAGAAAACGUUUAAGUCUUUUGCCAUUAGGCGUUUAAAAACUUAUUUUUCUUUUUUAUUGCUAAUAUAUAUUAAAUGAGUAAUAAAAAUUACAUUACUUACAAAAGUCGCUAUUCAAAUAGUUACAGCUGUUUAUUUGUAUACAACAACCAAAACAGAAACAAAAUGCUUUUACUAUAAUUUAGGUGAAUCAAAAAGGCUUUGUAGCGAAAAUAAAAUAUUUAAUUAAGUAUAAAAAUGCUUAUAUACACAUAAAUAAUUAUUAGCUAUAAGCAAAAUGAAGUUUAUUAAUUUAUAUUAUAUUAUAUUUAAUGCUUAAGCAAGGCAGCAACAGUUUUCGCAAACUGGUGAAUAAAAAAUAAAAAAACCACAAAAAAUUUCUUUUUAAAUAAAUAAUUACUGCUACGGGUGAAUUCAUAAAAUCGACCGAACUUUUCAAUGCAAACAAGUGUAUGAAGACACAGCCGGUAUUUAUUCAACUUCAAAAGGGAAGCAAAAAAUAAUUUGUAUGCCUUAAAUAUACAAUAUUAAAAUUAAAAUUACUUACUUUUGAAAUAUUUAAAUUUAAAUAUGAAAUGUUUUUUUUUAAUUUAAACAAAGAAAUAAUUUUUAAAAGCAGCCUGCUUUCAAACCGCACGCAAGUGACAUUAAUUUCGUUCCCACAAAUAAAUUAAACUUUUUUUAAUUAUAAAAAAUUAAAAAAGCCGCAGAAAGUUCUCAGUACUAACUAAAUGUACAAAGGUACCAGUUCAAUAUAUUUUUCUUUAACCAAACGCUCAAAAUAAAAAAAAUAAAUAAAUGCGAUAAUUUUAACCCGCCAUAUACGAGUAUUUGCCCAGAAUGCAACCAAAUCCUAAGUUUUAAAUACAUAUGUAAUAACAGAGCAUAUAUUGUAAAAGCAAAUCCAUGCAAAACGAACAAAGUUACAGACAACAUUACACACACUUAUAUAUACAGUUAAAUGUAAGUAUGGUAUAUGCAAAGACAGCGUACAUGGAAUAUGGAUUAAUUCUACCGAAAUGUAAUUGAUGGAAGUCAAAUGUCGAAAAAUAAAUAAAUAAUAUACACGUGAAUAUAUUUAAUGUAAAA